CCAACACAAACGAAAAAGUGCCCACUUUUCAAACACGUAAGGGCAUGAAAGAAAGUUAGCCUGCGAUUCCACUCUCACUUUCACUCUCACUUUCAACGGUCCACACUCCACAGUGUAUAAACAGCUCCAUCAACUACACCAGCGCGACAUAAUCGUGGCUAGAACACAUCCUAAUGAACGACUCUCUGUGUAUGAUCUUUCAGAGAACUUAUUACUUUUUGACCUCCAUUGUACGUAUUUCUUAAGAUCUCUUGCUUUCCAUUUUUGGUUUCAUCUUCUUCAGAGAUAACAAACGUCCAUCUCUGUUCUGUUGAGAGGUUAAAAGGAAAGGAGGACUUACUGUAGUGGGGUUAUGGGUUGCUGCUGUGAAGUCUGAACCACCAUCCACUUUGCUCAUACUGUUCCAUCCUUCCUAAUUCACCCUCACCCUCAUCCUCAACCACCAUUUUAAGAUUGUACACCCCCUCUUUCUCUAUCUCUCUCCGUGAAAUAAAACAUUCUCUUGCUUCUAAUCCCCUUUGCACUCUUUUUUAGGGGUUCGGUCUGCGUGCUUUCUUGAACUAUCCAUUCGAGUCUGGGCUCCGAACUGCCCAACCACGUUUUUGUCACAUGCAUCAAUGUUUCCCUCUCUCUGCAAUACCUUCAAUCAAGAAAUACCUUCGUCUCUCUUACUUAGCCUUAGCAAUCAAGAGGCCAGAUAAUCUGUGGGUGUGCACACAUCAAGAAUCAAGCUUUUCUAUCUGAACUGCCUUCCGGAACAGUCUUUUCUUUCCCUCCAUCUCCGGCUACAUAAUCCAUCAAAGCACAGUUAUUCUACUCCUUCCUUCUCGCUGUCUCGCUCGCCUAGUCAAGGCAGUCCCACCAACAACGCUACAUUCUUUGCUUCUCUAACUCUGCAAGUGAGUAAAAUGCCAACCGCCGGCGUCGGCGUCGCCGUCCUCCUCCUCACCCUCUUCUCCACCGCCAGUGCUACAACGCCUUCCAACUUGUCUCGGAGGAGACACCACCGCCAUCUCCUUCACCAGCCCUUUUUCCCUCCUCUGGACUCCUUCCCUCCAACCCAACCCCCUUCCUCCUCUCCCUAUCCGCAGCCACAACUACAACAACCAAAGCUCCCUUUCUCUUCCUCCUCGACCCCCCCAAAACCUUUCUUCCCAUCCUACCCCUCUCCACCGCCUCCUCCCUCCCAAACUAGCCUUGCCACCUUCCCAGCUAACAUCUCCGAGCUCCUCCUACCUCACCCCUCCCCCUCCUCUAUCUCCCACCGCCACCUCAUCGCCAUCUUCGUCUCCGUCUCUCUCCUUAUCGUCGCUCUCUUCUCCGCCAUUUCCGCUUUCUUCUACUGCCGCAAACAGGCAUUCUUCACCACUACCACCAACGUCGCGGAUAAGGCCCCUCACUCCGACAACCUCCGCUUGUACCCGCCCAACAUCGCCACCUCUGAUGGGAGCUACAAGCAUCCUCACUCCGGUUCAUCCAACACCAGCUCCGAAUUUCUCUACAUUGGUACCUUAGCUAAUUCCCAUGGAAUCUACGACGAAGAUACAGCGAAUUCAAGCAAUGUCGGCGUCUCGGCCACGACCCAGUACCUAAAACUUGGUUCACCGGAGCUCAAGCCGCUUCCGCCGCUUCCAAGGCACAGCUUCAAGCAGAGAUGUGGAAGUUCUGAAUUGGGCUCCUCUGAGAAUCGGGAAAAUGACGAAGAAGGGGAGGAAGAAGAAGAAUUCUUUUCUCCAAGAGGGUCUUCCGGCCGAAAAGAUAGUCCCGUUCGUAUUGUGUCGAGCCCCCAAAGAUUGUUUAACGCUGAAAAUUUCGGAAGUAGAAGCUUCAAUUCAAGAACUGCAUCGUACCCGUGUUCGGAUUCAGCUUCCCCAACGAAUUCUUUUUUUAAUUCUGCGUCCCCAGCAUUGAACUUGAGUACCACAAGCUUGAAAUCGAAGUCCCCGGACUUCAUGGUCGGUUUCCCAGCUCCGGUUCCGGCUCGGCCAAUAAUUACAUCAAUGUCGUCUCUUUCUUCAUCUACGUCUUCAUCAUCAUCCGAGAGAGGUUCAUGGAAUACUCAGAAUUCGCCAACAAGAAAUUCAGAUGUUUCAGAGCAGAGUGAGCGAUGCCCAUCUAGAACUGAUAGUGUGCCGAUAAAACUGCCUCCGCCGCCGCCUCCACCCCCACCUCCGAGGUUUUGGGAGGCUCCGGCCUCUCAGAAGCAGACCCGGGACCCGGACCCAGGGCCGCCAAUUCUUGUAACACCUACUGGGCCAGUUCUGUUGCAGAAUGUCGCAACUGAACAAUUGCAGAGCAACGGAAAAGCGCAGAGAAAUGAGGACACUCCGAGGCCGAAGUUGAAACCUUUACAUUGGGAUAAGGUUAGAGCGAGCUCGGAUCGAGCUAUGGUGUGGGAUCAGCUGAAAUCUAGCUCUUUCCAACUGAAUGAAGAAAUGAUUGAGACACUUUUUAUGAUCAAUAAUAGCAAUAAUACAAAUAUGACCCUGAAAGAUGGUGGGAGGCGUGUGAUUCUCCCUUCGCCAAACCUGGAGAAUCGGGUGCUUGAUCCAAAGAAGUCUCAGAAUAUUGCGAUUCUGUUGAGGGCACUAGAUGUGACCAUUGAGGAAGUCUGUGAAGCCCUUUUGGAAGGUAACUCUGAUACGUUGGGUUCCGAACUUCUUGAAAGUUUAUUAAAGAUGGCUCCUACAAAAGAAGAAGAGCGUAAACUAAAAGAGUUCAAAGAUGAAUCACCAUUUAAGCUAGGCCCAGCCGAGAAAUUUCUCAAGAAGGUGCUUGAUAUACCAUUUGCAUUCAAAAGGGUGGAUGCAAUGCUCUACAUUACCAAUUUUGAUUCAGAAGUUGAGUACCUUCUAAGGUCCUUUGAAACUCUAGAGGUAGGUUGUGAAGAAUUGAGAAACAGCAGAAUGUUCCUGAAGCUUCUUGAAGCUGUGCUCAAAACUGGGAACCGCAUGAAUGUUGGCACCAACCGUGGUGAUGCCCAUGCGUUCAAGCUGGACACUCUUCUCAAGCUUGUCGAUGUUAAGGGUACUGACGGGAAAACCACUCUACUGCAUUUUGUUGUACAGGAAAUCAUUAGGGCUGAAGGUUCUAGACUUUCCAGUACCAUUCAAAGUGAACUGACUAAGAAAAAUCAGCAAUCUGCCUUCCGGGAUGAUGUUGAAUUUAGGAAGCUUGGCUUGCAAGUUGUUUCGGGUUUGAGUGGAGAGCUCACCAAUGUGAAGAAAGCUGCUACAAUGGAUUCAUAUGUGCUCAGCAGCGAAGUUGCAAAGCUCGCUGGAGGAAUCAUGAAAAUAUCUGAAGUCCUGAAAUUAAAUGAAGAAACUUCAUUGAAGCAGACUAGCCGGAAAUUUUCAGAGUCAAUGAAUGGGUUCUUGAAGAAGGCUGAGGAAGAGAUUCUAAGGAUCCAAGCCAAAGAGAAAGUUGCUCUCUCUCUUGUGAAGGAAAUAACUGAAUAUUUCCAUGGGAACUCAGUUAAAGAAGAAGCUCAUCCAUUCCGGAUCUUCACGGUGGUGAGAGAUUUUCUUUCAGUUCUUGACGGGGUAUGCAAGGAAGUUGGCAAGGUUAAUGAGAGAACUAUCGUCGGCUCAGCCCGUCAAUUUCCUGCACCUUUGAAUCCAUCCCUUCCACAGGCAUUUUCUGGGUUUAAUGGAAGGCAGCAUUAUGAUACCUCGGAUGAUGAGAAUUCAUCCUCAUCAUAGCACUUGAUAUCAAUGUCACUUUCUACCCCUUUUGGCAUUUGCAGAGGGAGCUUCUGGGGAGAUCCUUCCUGAAAGUCAAGUAUAUCAUCUGCUCUUGUUUUGUACUUGGAUAUACUCAAUAGGAUUUUGGGACUGCUUAUCCUAGUUGUAAUAUAGAAGGGAUUGCCAUACUUAGCCAGAUUUUAUUUUGUAAAUCUGUUGAAUAUUUGAAGUUGCUCAGUGAGAGUUGUUCGUGACAAGCGAUUAGCUCUGCGUAACAUUCUUUCA